AUGAUCGUUAAGAACAACCAAGUGAUCGACGAGGAAAAAAUGGAGGGUGCCACGUCGACUUCGACUUCAAAUUCAGCAAUUUCAUUUGAUAUAUCCGGGGGGAAUACAGAAUCUAAUGAAGCAAGUAAUUAUACAAGUGGUGGUAGUGGGGAGUAUCAGGAUAUUCCUAAAAGGCUUUCAGUCAACCGCCAAAGAUCCUCAUCGUUGAAUAAGCUCGAUCCAUUGAAAUUUGGAUUGAAUCACGUGAAUUUUAUUCAAAAUAACGAUUCAGAAGUUAAGUCACCCGGAUCCGUUGCUUCAUCUUCUUCUGCCUCUACAGAAUCUACAAAGUCGCGUAGACAUACCUUCUCUGGUCCACUCGUGAUUAACUUGAAUCACCCUAUAGUACAACCAAGUAUAAGUAAUCUAAUAAAUCAAGACAAUCACCAGCACACUUCUCCCUCUCAAUACCAAUUUGAUAAAGUCUUACCCGCAGAACCAUUACCUCAAAUGCCUGCACCUUUACCUACACCAACUUAUAGAAAAUAUCAUAAGCCACAUGGACAAAGCUCUGAGCACCCACCAGAACUUAUCCCUUUCUCUUCUUCAUUGCAGUUACCUUCUUUGCACAAUUGGUCUCUUGAUAGCUCUGCUUUACCCCGCAAAAUGACUACGAAUAAGCGCAAAUUGGGUAAUGACGUUGAUAAUCACCACUCGAGUACAACUAGUCAAGCCAUUGCUGCUUCUCAACAAGACGAUGAGUACGCAAAUUCCCAAGUGCGCAAGUUGGAUAAUGAGCCUGACUUGAAUCAAGCAAGCGGUAGUGCAAAUGCAAGUGCAAAUCCAAACGUAAACGCAACUGCCUCAACUUCCAAUACAACUCAUCAGCUAACUCCGACCCACUCAACCACUUCAACUGCUUCAACUUCGAAAGGAAAAAUCUACACGUGUGAAUACUGUUAUAAGACAUUCAACAGACCUUCUUCAUUGAAGAUACACACCUACUCACACACAGGUGAACGUCCGUUCGUCUGCCAAGUCACUGGCUGUAACAGGUCAUUUUCAGUGGCAUCCAAUUUGAAGCGACACGCCAAAGUGCACAACAACUCGUCCCAUGGGAGUGAGCAACAAGAGCAACACGAGCAACCUGAACAGCAAGAGCUACCCCAGCAAUACACUCAAAACAACGUGUCCCAGCAACACACUAACAAGAUUACAAAUAAGAUUACAAAUGUUGACUCACCCACACUAACCAAAGAACCUUCUCCUAUGGAUCUCACACUGUCACAGGUGGAUAAGCAAGCCAGCGGCUUACACAGCGGUAGUAGCGGAGAAAGUAGUGGUGACAGCAAGCAUAAUUCAGGCGGGGCUGGAGAAUAUGCAGAUAUGGAAGAUGACAGUAGUAGUGGGAAUGAGAAGAAGAGGGAGAAUGAGGAUGAUAGCGUUACGCUAGCCCAGGAUGUUAAUAGUCGCAAGAACAGUCGGCACAAUGCCCAGGUUGUAAAUGGUACAGGUGAUUGGCAAGGUGCACAUGGUGCUCAUGAUGCGCAUCAAUCAUAUGGUGCACCGCCCAGUCUUGAACGUACGAGUCAGGUGAUCGACGGUAAAUUGAAAUCAACGAUGCGCGUACCACAAACUCAAGCAGCUAACGACAAGAGAAUGAUAAAUGCUCUUAACAAUGGUAGAUCAAUUUCUAUCGAUGGCAAAUCAUUGACUUUGCAAUCUGCAAAUCGAAGCAUCAACAAGAAUGGAACGAUUGUUUCGAGCAAGUACCACAACGAGGAUAGACAGGCGGCGCUGAAGGAGGAAGAGAAACUGAAGCAGAAGCAGAAACAGAGACAGGUUGACGAUGAAGAUGACUACGAUUCCUCGAAUGAGAUCUACUCAUCACCCAAUGAAGACGACGAGGAUAUGUGCAAACUUCCAAUCAAGCAGAAAAUACUCAAUUGA